AUGAAGAAGGGGUUCCUUUGCGCACCGAAGGAGACGCCUAAGCAGAGUGGCGAAUUGAACAAGGGACGGGAUGCAGAGAGCUUCAUCACAGACACUGAGAAAGAAAAUCACAUGAUGGAGAAGGAGAAAGCUUUUGAAUCGAAUGAUGGAAAGAUCAAAAGUCGAGCAAAUGGUUCGACGGCAGAAGUCGUAAAGCAGGAGAAGGUCGCUCCAGCCCUUGCUCCAGCCCUUGCUCAAGCUCCUGUUGCGCCUCCUCCUCCACCAUCCUCGCCAGAAAUGGUCUCAUCCUCCGCCGAACGGCUUGUAUUUCAGUGGAAAGUACAAGCUGAAACAGUCAAGGCAGUUCAAGAGGCAGAGCAGAAACAAGCGGAGGAUUGUCAUACCCUUGACACAUACCUGGCUCUCACUGAGUGCUCGGCAAAGAACUCAGAGACAAUUGUCUGCCAAGGAGCUUGCUGCGAGAAGACAGCUGACGGUCAUCUCAUGUUCCAGACAGAGGUAACAAACUUUCGGUUUGCAGUCAAUUACAAAGCAGUGGCCUGCAUCAAAACGAACAAAUGGAAGGUCGUAGAGGGCCAAGGGAUCGAGAUUGAGUCACCGGGUACAACUCCGAGUCGACCAGAGGCUCCGUCCGUCUCCGGCAAAGGCAAAAACCAUCUAAAGUUGAAAUGGACCCCUCCUGAAGCCAGAGGGUCGCCUGUUAACUUGUACGAAGUUGAACUUCGAGCGUUAGAGGGAGACGGUGCUGAUGACGAUGACACUUUCGUGCCAUGGGGAAGUGCCAUGCUUGUCCACAAGAGUCCAGACUGUAAGUGUGAAGUGAAGUCUUUGAAGCCGGGAACAGCUUAUCAGACCAGAGUCAGGGCGUUCAAUAGGUAUGGAGCAAGCCAGCCCAGCCCUUGGGUUUGUGUCGUCACAUCAGCUACCGUUCCGAUGCAGCCUCCUCCUCCAUAUGUCUCCCAGGUGGGCUUGGAAUGGAUGUUGAUUGCAUGGCAACCACCGGAAGACGACGGGGGCACUACAAUCAACCGGUACAGUCUGGAAGUCGAUGAAACCUUAGAGGAAACCCCUCAGUUCACCGUCCAAUACAAUGGGCCCGAGAAGCAGUUCCUGAUGAAGCCGGUUGUGUGUGGACGGAAGUACAGGUUUCGAGUUCGUGCAUUUAACGCUGUCGGGUGUUCUCAAUUCUCGAACGUGAUGGAGGCGUCCGGGGUGUGUGGAGCUCCGAGCCCCCCUGGUCCCGUCCAACUGGCCGGCAACCUGACCGCACAUGGCAUGACUCUGACUUGGACUCCUCCCAUGAAGGACAACGGCUCGGCCGUACAGCUCUAUCAGGUGGCAAUGAGGAGGAUCCUUGACGGGAUGCCCAUGGGCUACUUCGAGAUCGUCUACAAUGGCCCAGAGCUGGUCUGUGAGGUCGGGAGGCUCUUCCCUGCCUGCGUGUACGAAUUCUGUGUCGUUGCCAUCUCUGCUCUCGGCACCAGCGCCCCGUCCCCUUCAACAUGCAUCUCCACGGCAGGGGCUCCUCCUGGCCCUCCCCCUCCUCCCUUCGUGCUGCAGAACGAGGUAGGUAAGCUCACCGUAGGUUGGACGCUCCCGGACAUCUGCAACGGAGCUCCGGUCACCAGCUUUCGGGUAGAGCGAAUCGUCUCUGACGAUGGUGGGAGAUCUUGCACUCGUGAGCUCGUACACGAGGGUAGCUCGAUCUGCUUCUCGUUCCAGGGGUUGGCUCCCGGAUCUGCCAUCACCCUUUCGGUGUCGGCGAUCAACAUGUACGGGAUUGGGCCAAGCAGUCUGCCGGCUACCUUUGUCACCCCAUGCACACCGCCAGGUAGGCCAGCUAUCUCACAGGCGUCGGCCUGCGGGGCGGGGAGGGCGACGAUUCACUGGAACGCUCCGGAGGAGGACGGAGGAAGUCCAAUCACGUUGUACAAGGUGUAUGUUCAUCUCAAGGGCUCGAGCCAGGAGCCCAUACAAGUGCUGACGGAGAGCUCUCCCCUCACCGUUGACUCGCUCUCGCCGGGAAGCAUCUACGUGGUGAAGGUUCUGGCCAUGAAUAGCUUUGGCAACGGAGACUGGAGCGAGCCUCUCAAGUUUUCUUCCGAUCCAGGAGCGCCGGCGGCCCCCGAAAGCCCCGAGAUCACCCGCGUCACCUCUCAGUCCGUCAUGCUCUCUUGGCAGCCGCCAGUGCGGACCAACGGAGCAGAUGUGGAGGAGUUCAGCCUACAGAUGCUCGAGGUCGUGAGCUCCUUACAAGCAAGCGCGGGGUUCCAGACCAUGUACACGGGGAGUCUGCGAUGCUUCGAGGUGAUGGGCCUGAGGCCGGGGACCAGCUACAAAUUCCGCGUGUGCGCGAAGAACGCUGCUGGGCAAGGACCGUACAGCAUCCCCGCGAUCGGCACGACUGAUGCCGUGCCUCCCGGGCCUCCACUUGCAGUGACACUCACGGGAGUCACGACCAGCUCUCUCAAGGUCAAGUGGUCUCCCCCUGCCUUCGAGGGAGGGAGUCCUGUCACCUCCUACUCUGUGCUGGUAGCGGAGCUGGCGGAUGACAGGGCGGACGAUCGAGCUGGGAAGGGAAAGAAGCAGUCCCCUGGCGGCGCCAAGGAGGCGUGGAGGGGAUCGGCUAUGAGCUGCAAGGUCAAGGCUGCGCCGGACACUCAGUACGAGAUCUUCCUUGUAGCCCACAAUGUCAUCGGGCCCGGGGUCCCUGCUCCCUCAGUGUUUGCCAAGACGCCUCAGCAGCAAGCGGCCCCUGUGCGCGUCAGCUGGCUGCCUUGCAAGGAUGCCAACCCCCCGGUCCGAUGCUUCAAGCUGGUGGCCGAGGAGCUGGGCAGCGCCAACAGAGACAGCCAAUCCUUGGAGGAAGAGGAGGCUGCUAAGGAGCUCUAUGUGGGAUCAGGGACCAGCACGGAUGUGACGAGUUUGGUUCCUGGCUGCUCCUACAACCUUUUCGUCAUGGCCGAGAACGACGUGGGAAGGGGAGCGUGGAGCCUUCCGACGUUGGUGCAGCUCAAGAGCAUCCAGGAGAAGAAGAAGUCUAGAGAGCUUCCUCCUCCUGUGCCGGCUGAUCUCAAGCUCGAGAAGGCGACGAGGACUAGCCUGAAGCUGAGCUGGACGCCUGGCGGUGGAGAGGGAAGGGAGCGAGAAACAUUUCAGCUUGAGAUCGCGGAAGGAAGCGGAUCUUUCGAAUGUGUAUAUACAGGAACAGACACGAGCUUCACCGUGAUGAAGUUGAAGAACAACUGCAGGUAUCGAGCAAGAGUCAAGGCCAUGACAAAGUCAGGGAGCGCCAGUCGAUACACGGAAGAGCAGAGCUUCAAGACGCUGGCGCCUGUGGAGUCCAAGUGGAGGACACACGCGCUGUCGAUUCUUGCCGUCCUGGUGCUCGUGGUCCUCGUCUACGGAUUGUUGCGAUCCAACGAGUAG